AUGCGCGUGUGCACAGUCUGUCGACGGCUGCCUCUGCCUGCGAAGCAGGAGGAUCCGCCCCUCGAUGAGAGCUUUCUUGCAGGAAUCAAGGAGGAAUUGGCUUCCAUUGAAGAGAGCGAACAAAAUAUACAGGCUCUUUCGCAAGUCUUCCGCUUCUAUGCCGGGAAUGCGAGACAGCUGGCACAGCUGCUCGUCGACUUCCUCAUGAAGCAGUGCUUUCCAUGGGAGCUCAUCCAUGCAUUCCACCUUCUGGACGACAUCUUGUUGUUGGACAACACGGGAUCCUACAAAGCCGAGCUGUCUGACCGCAUUCAGAUGGCAUCAGUUCAUGCUUUCCGAAAAGUCCAGUCCGCUGCAGAAAAACGCGAAGUUGCACGUGUCCUCCAUGCUUGGCGUGAGCUGCGCAUCAUCAGCUCAGAGGUUGCAGAUGGCAUCGCUGCAACACUCCGCACGCUCGGGGGCGAGGCUGCUAGCCGAAUCUUGGAUGAAGCAUCUGCUCCAGACGACGAAGACGAUGAGCCCUAUUCGAUGCCUACUCGGGCAACUGGCCCAGCAACUGCGGCUAAGGGCCAGCCACAGCCGGAACCGCCGACCAAGCGUGCCAAGGUAGCUUCCGCAGCUGCAGUCAGGGUGGCUGCGGCGACCCCUGCGCAGCAGCCACGGACAGCAGAGAAGAUCCUGGCCUUGGUAAAGAGGAUAAUCGCCGCACCGGCAGAGAAGCCCUUUGAGCUGCUGGGUCUGGGCACUGGGUGCAAGGCCAGCGAGAUUCGAACGGCGUACAGGAAGAUCGCACUUCAGAUUCACCCCGACAAGAACCCAGGAUCUGAAGGGCUUUGCAAGGAAGCUCUCAUCAAGCUGCAGCAAGGAAGAGAGCAGGCAGAAAGCGAGCUUCAGCAACGAGAGAGUGGAGGCAAAUCAAGGGACAAGGGUGGCAUGGACAAUGGCACUGUUGCUGCUUGGAUGCAUUUGGUGGGUUCGGAACUGUAUGACUGUAUGACGUUUUGUCGAAUUGCGAUGUCUGUGCCUGCGCACGAGAUCUUUCAAGCACCUUCCAUUGCGUGGUAG